AUGAAGUUACCAAAAAGAAUGGAUAAGCUUAAUAAAAUAACUGUCCCCGCCAGUCAGAAGUUGAGGCAACUUCAAAAAAUGGUCCAUGAUAUCAAGAACAAUGAAGGUGGAAUAAUGAACAAGAUCAAAAAGCUGAAAGUCAAAGCACCUCCAAGUGUUCCGCGAAGGGACUAUGCCUCAGAGAGGCCAGCUGACGAAGAGGAGCAGUGGUCAGAUGACUUUUCAGACUGCUGUGCCGGAGGGGCUGCAAGGACUCCAGACUCCUCCCCGGGAUGCACACUGAUCCUCAGCCUCCAGGACAGCGAUUAUGAAAACCCAGAUGAGCACUCCGACUCGGAUAUGUAUGUGCUGCCGGCCGAGGAGACUGGGGACGACAGCUACGAGCCACCACCCGCCGAGCAGGAGACUCGGACAGUUCACCGGGCCCUGCCCUUUACCAGGGAUGAGUACGUAGACAAUCGGUCAAGCCAGAGGCAGUCUCCGCCCUUCAGCAAGACCCUUCCCAGUAAACCCAACUGGCCUUCGGCAAAGGCAAGGCAGGCCGCUACUCUGCCAGCCCCGACUUCUCUGCAUAAACCUCAAGUCCCACCCAGACCCAAAGAGCUCCUUGAGGAUGAGGCUGAUUAUGUGGUCCCUGUGGAAGAUGAAGAUGAAAACUAUAUUCAUCCCACAGAAGACAGUUCACUCCCAUCUGACAAAGCUCCCAUGGUGAAUAGAUCAACCAAGCCAAAUAACUCCUCAAAGCCAGCCUCACCUCCAGGGACAGCUUCAGGUCGAAAGAGCGGGGCCUGGGACUCUAAGUCAACCUCUUCACCUGCUGCGCCAUCCCCACUGCCCAGGGCUGGGAAAAAAACAGCUACGCCACUGAAGACGACUCCAGUUGUCUCUCAACAGAAUACCUCAAGUGUUUGUGAAGAAAAACCUAUACCUGCUGAACGCCACCGAGGGUCUAGUCACAGACAAGAAAAUAUGCAGUCACAAGUUUUUCCUCCUCCUGCCCAGAAACCAAUUCAUCAAAAACCCAUACCUCUGCCAAGAUUUCCAGAAGGGGGAAGCCCAACUGUGGAUGGCCCAUUACCCAGCUUUUCAUCUAAUUCCAAUUUGUCAGAACAGGAAGCUGACGUUCACUGUAAACCAUGGUACGCUGGUGCCUGCGAUCGAAAGUCGGCCGAAGAGGCAUUAUACAGAUCAAACAAGGAUGGAUCAUUUCUUAUUCGGAAAAGCUCUGGCCAUGAUUCCAAACAGCCAUAUACACUAGUUGUAUUUUUUAAUAAGCGAGUAUAUAAUAUCCCUGUGCGAUUUAUUGAAGCAACAAAACAGUAUGCUUUGGGCAGAAAGAAAACUGGUGAAGAGUACUUUGGAAGUGUUGCUGAAAUCAUCAAGAAUCAUCAACACAGUCCUCUGGUUCUUAUUGACAGUCAGAAUAACACAAAAGAUUCCACAAGACUGAAAUAUGCAGUUAAAGUUUCAUAA